GCAGAGCAGAUGGACCUUCUUGGCCGUCUAGCAGAGGCAGAAGGCUUUCCGCUGGAGCCAUCCCUCCAACAGACUCUGCAGGACGCAGAGGAGGAGGUAGCUGGCUUCAGAGCAGAGCUGAUGCAAUGCCAGCACUCCUUGCAGGUGUCUGCAAAGACAUUUCUACAUGUCCUCGAUUCCGAGAAGCCCACACUGAUGCA